CCAUUUCAUCUCAAAACUACACAUCGGCAAAUUCUUCAGUCUUGAGUCUCAAACCCACCGUCGCCAGCUAAAACCCUACAAAUUCCGGCGGACAAUGGAUUCAGCAAAACCCUCAGCUCAAAUAAAGGACAAAGACUUGUUCAAAGCUGCUGAAUCUGGCGAUUCAUCGCUUUUCGAAUCACUUACAGAAGAACAGCUCCUUAAAGCCCUCUCUCUCCGUAAUGAAGAUGCCCGUUCUCUCAUUCACGUUGCCGUCUCUUCUGCCCACAUUCAGGUGGUGAAGAUUCUUGCGGCUGCUGAUCCCUCAGCGAGUGGUAUAAAUAGUGGUGAUGAAGAAGGUUGGGUGCCAUUGCACUCUGCAGCAAGCAGUGGUAAUGUGGAAAUUGUGGAGAUUCUGCUCAGCAGAGGUGCUGAUGUAAAUCUGAAAAAUGAUGGUGGCCGCACUGCCCUUCACUAUGCUGCUAGCAAGGGUCGAGUGAAAAUUGCUGAACUUUUGAUUUCACACGGUGCUAAGAUCAAUGCGAAAGACAAGGUAGGAUGCACCCCAUUGUACCGUGCAGCUAGCACGGGGAACUCUGAGCUGUGCGAACUAUUAAUUGAGGAAGGCGCUGAAAUUGAUGAAGUUGACAAGGCAGGCGAAACGCCCUUGAUGACUGCUGUUGUAUGCGGCAAUAAAGAGGUCAAACCGCUGAAACCAACUUAUAUUUGAGCAAAGUUGUUUCCCCGGAAACUUGGUACGAAACUCUGGGUUUACUCACCUGCAUGAUGCAUUCCUCUGAAAAGCUCACUAGAAAUCCAUCUAAUGUAUAUCGAAGGGUAUGACCUAGUGAUCAAUUUUGAAGGGCCCUGCGAGACCAUGGUUCAAAUCUGAGAAAAAAAAGUGAUUUCUUUCAUUUUCCUAAACCUUCGUGGGCGUAGUUACCCGGUAUAUGUGGUGAUGGGAGGCAGUAGGUACCUUGUGGAUAGGUGUGGAUAGGUCUGAGGUUCUGCAAGCUGGCCAGAACACCGCUCUUGUAAAUAAACACACAUCUUUGUUGUAGAAUUAGUGAUGUGUGCCUCUCGAACGAAGCACUACCAAAAUUUCCGAGCCUUAAGUUUCUGCUUAAUUGUACCUUGAACUUCCUCAAUGUUAGUAUUCUACCCAAAUCAAAUUUAUAUGAGCUGAAGAGUCCACUGCUGAUGCUCUCUUGAAUACAUUUGGUACUAAGGUUGAUUCAUUGCGGUGUCUGCAAUUAUUGGGGAAAAAAAAUUUGGUUCUAGAGAACAUUCUUAAGGAUCCAACACUUCUUUAGAAUUAUUAUGACAUUACGUAACAAACAACAAAGCACAUGGU